AUGGGUCUGCCAGAGGGCGGCGAUGCGCCAGUUUCCAGCGGCGUGAGCGUCGCCAGCGGUGUCAGCGCUUUGACAUUGGCGGCUCCAGUCGGCAGCAGUCGAACGCAUAAGCGAGGUGCUCAGCAGAGGCUGCAGGACGUGGCGAUUCGCCAGGCGAAGGCUGCCCGCCAGGCGCGCACCGUCUGUGGUAUCCACGGUUGCAACAAGCGCCUCAACGCUUCCGACAAGAGGAGUGCGGUUAUCUUGUGCGUUGACCACUUCCAGACCUACACCCUUGGCUACAUGUACUUGAAUGACGAGACCGUGUGCCAGAUGACCGAGAGCGACCACGCCUUCAGGCGGGUGGGCUUUUGGACGAGAAGCGACAUCUGGGAGAAGCUGGGUUACAUGCCUGAGCAGCUCAGCCACAAGUGCCAGAAGCUAUGGAACGAGAAAGGUGAGGAAGUCUUGGGCGUGCUGACGGACGAGACAGAAGGCGCCCCCCGUGUAUUCGUCCUCUCGUGUUCGAAGGCCGUCCAGAAGCAGGAGGCGAAGUCCUCGGCCUCCGCCACCAUCCACGCCGACCAGCCCGCGAAGGUCUACGAGCACUCGGUAG